UUCACAUUUGAAAUGUCAAUGUCAGAUUAUGUGACCAUGUUUUGAAAAAUUUGAAUUCAGUACAAAAUGAUUUUAUACAAUAAGUUUACACUUAUUAUACUGCAAUUUGUUAUAACGACACUACUAUUCGCUACAGCUAAAGAUGACAACGGUUUCUGUGAUGCGUCUGCGAAAAAUUGUAAACCAGGUUCUGGUGAGAAAUUCUUAUUCUACGACGUGAAUCCCCCCGAAGGUUUUAAUUUACGAAGAGAUGUUUACAUGAGAUUCGCUAUAAUGCUGGCCGAAACACAGAAGGCAGGUAAAAAAUUAAACUGGCGUUUAGUGCUACCACCUUGGCAUCGACUUUACCAUUGGAAAACAGGCGCGCAAAACAAACCAUUGCCUUGGAAUAAAUUCUUUGAUGUAAAUUCACUCAAAUCAUACGCACCAGUAAUAGAAUUACAAGAAGUUGUAUCAAAAUCGUUUACACCUUUAAAAAUUGACCGUCUUUAUGUACUACAGAAUUACGAAAAUGCUUUCGAGGAUGGUGUAUUUCACGACAAAUGGACCAUUACAGAUGAUUGUAAAUACGACGGUCUGUUUUGGGGAUAUAAUAAUAUCACCGUAAAAGAGACGGUUUGUGUUAAUUUUCAAGGGAAAAUAACAAAGUUAUGGGAAAUAAUUGCACUCCACCCAAGAGAUAAAAAUGUCAUGUUUUCGCAUGGUGAAAUACCUUUACACAACUCCUACGGCACUAAAGCAUAUUGGGACUGUAGAAAAAGCAUGAAAUUCAAUACCGGCUUAAUUAAAACCGCUAAAAACUACAUAUUACAAUUUCUAAACUGUAAAAUUGAGAAAUGUACUAACUAUGUAAGCGUUCACUGGAGGCGGAGGGACUUUGCGUACAGUAGAGGAAAGGAUGUCCCAUCACUACAAGAGACUGGUAAACAGAUAGAUAGAAUAAUAAAUAACAAUGUACAAGAUAUUAAAACAAUUUUUAUUGCAACUGAUGCAUCGGAAACUGAAAUAACUACAUUAGAAAAUGAUCUUAAACAAUUAGGAUAUAAAGUAUACUUUUAUAUACCUAGUAAAAAGGAAUUAGAGAUGUACAAAGAUGGUGGAGUUGCAAUUAUCGAUCAAAUUAUAUGUUCCCAUGCUGCUUAUUUUAUUGGCACCCAUGAGAGUACUUUUACAUUUAGAAUACAAGAAGAAAGGGAGAUAUUAGGCUUUCCGAGCUCAACUACAUUUAAUAGGCUCUGUCCUGAUAAAGGGAAAUGUGAAACACCAUCAAAAUGGACUAUUAUUAACUAAAGAUGUCACUUGAAAUGCAAGUUUAGAUAGAUGUUUGUUAGAGUUUUACAGCUGAAUGGAUCUUGAUGAAAUUUAGCAUAGAUGUAGAGGGUAGUAUGGAAGAACGCACACUUCUGUGUAAUUCCAUGUGGACAAAGUCUCCUCUGAGAGUUAGUAAUAAAUAUUUUGUUACAGUUUUACAGAAUAUCUCAAAUAACUGCCUUCUCUAGCAUAUCCUCUGCAAUACAUACUUUCCCCUACAUAGUGCACAGUAUGUACUCUUACAUCUCUCAGCUUGAAUAUUUGAAUUCACUGCCUUCUCUAGCAUUUGCUAGAAAGAUAAUAUUCUCUGUCAUGAAAUAGUGUUUUUUUUUUAGAUUUAAGGACCUAAUAGUAAGAAAGUCUUCCAAUAUUAAGUUAGUUUUACUAUGAACCUAUCUUGUUAAACUAUGCAUAGUUUUGUUCUGGUUUAACCAUAAGUAGAACUUCCUAAAGGGGUUUUUCUUCCAAUUGUGCCAUAUUAGUUAUAAAUACAUAUUCAAACAAAUAUUUAAGUCCCUUUCUUUUCCACCCUUAAGAGGAAAGGAUGGGGAGGUA